CUGUCAGCAGACUAUUACCAGUACCUAAUGAUCCACUAUAUAUAUUCAUAGUGUAUCAAAAUCUCUCCUAGUUACAAGUAUAGUGGCAUUAGAACGAGAGAUUUCAGUAGAAAAACUGAGAGUGAGAGUUUGGAUCAAAGAUUCAGCAAAAAUCCCAACUUUUUUCCUGCAUAUAUAUCUGCUUGCAUGAAAUAUAUCAGAACCUUUAUCUUCAAUGGAAACAGAAGGGCUUGAAACUGUACAUACCAGCCUUGGAGGCAAUGCUGUUGUGCCUGAGGGUGGAAGUUUUUUGGAACCACCCUCGAUUGCCAAGGUUCCAGGAGAAGAAAUCUUCAGAAAACAGAUCGAUCAAGUACCAUGCCUGGUAGAAAAGAAUGAGAAACGGGCGCAGGAAGAUGAGGGUUUUGACACUACAGAAGAGGGGGAAACUAAGUUGAUUGCGGAAAAGGAAAAACAAUUUGAUGAUGUUACUGGAACCAUUUUACAGAUGGAUAAGAUUGAAGGACCAUGCGUCAACAUUGAAGAAGAGGAGAAAAUAGUCAAACAUGUUGAAGCAAUGGAAGUUGGGGAGGCUGACGUUGAAGGAAAACCAAAGAGUAUCGAGAAGGAAAUUGGCGGCCCAGAGAAAUAUGAGGAAGGAGAAAUGAAGAUAGAAGAGAGUGUUGAGCUUGAAACCAGCAAUGAAGUUAGCUCAUUUGAGCCAGGCUUGAGUCAGGGAAAAGAAGCUCUGAGUCAAACCGCUGAUGCGAUAGUCAACAGCCUGGACAAUCCUGAAACAGUCAAAGAAGUUUGCCAGGAGAAAGAAAUCAAAGACAGUGGCACAGGUGAUGGAACUAUAAAUGAACAGCGGAUAGGAGAAGAAAGAAAAGAAGGAGAGAAAUCAGGGAGUUGCUCUAGUUUCUUGGAUGACAAGGUUACUGAUGUGGUCAAAGCCAUUGAAAAGACAGAAAAUGAGAAAGAGGGCACCACAUGCGAUACAAUGGGAGGGGGGACCUAUAUAGUAGAAGCAGGCAUAGACAUUCAGAAUGAAAAAGAAACGACACCUGGAACUGGAGAAGGUAUGCAGGACAAACGGAAUACAGAAGACAUCGCGACUGUCGCUCAUAAAACACAAGAGACAGAAGAAAUGUACUCUCAGCAAGUAGACAAGCCUGACGUAUGCAUGGUCUCAGAAUCUGAAUCAGAGGAAAUUGUCAAUAAGAGUCCACAAAGAGAAGGUCAAAUUCUUAUCCUUGAGAAAACAGCUGAAGUUGACAGCAGUGAAGGUGAAAAUAUUAAGGAUGGGAUGAAUCCUGAACAAAAGCCUGAUGGUUUGUUUGUGAAACAUGAGGAGAACAAGCAAAGCAUGCAUCAGGAUCUGGCUAUGGCAGAAGAAUCAACAGCGGAAAAAAGAGACAUGGAGACUCCUACUGUGACAGCAGCUGAAAACAACACAAGUGAUGCGGUACCUAUUACCAUUACUACUGCUCAGGAUCAUUCUGUGAUAGAAGAUGACAAAAUCAUGGAUGUAGUAGCCAAUAUUGUUCCAGAGCAUAGCAAAGAGGAGAUGUCUAAAUACGAGGAUAAGAUCAAAGAAACUUUUGCACUGCAAGAUGAAGCAGUAAAUGAGAAGAUUGAAAAUUCCUUGGCAUUGAUAUCUGGGGAGAUAGAUACAGCGACUUCAAGUGAAUGCUCUGAAGCAAUUGCAUCUGCCAAAGAGGAGACACCCAUCAAAAUCCCAGGAGAAAGCUUUGAGGAUAAGAAGGAAGAGAAACCAAUUGAUGCCGAUGCUGUCGUAGACAGUGGGCUUCCAAUAGAAAAGAGUCUUCUACCAACGGUCUUCAAUGAGAAGAUUGAAGACGCAGGACUUGAGCUUCAGUACAAGAAUUCCAGUGAGUUGCACAUAAGUCAUUCGUUGGAACAAGAAACAAUACCAGUACAAGACGAAAAACAGCCAAAACUCUCUGAUUUUGAACCUCAAGAACAAGAUCAUGAAGAAAAUGGACCAUCUAAAGACUUGGAAAAACAUGCUGAAGAUGCCUCUGAAGCAUGUGAAAGCAUGCAGAACAUCAAUUUAGAGAAUCCGUCUGCCGAAGGGGCAAUAACAACAGAAGUGAACUCAAAAGCAAAUGAAAUGGCUGUUGAGAAAGAGGAAAAGAUCCAUGAAUUGGAAUCCGAGGAAAAGUUAGCGAUCGAUGAUGCUGGGACUAACUUAGAAGAGGAGAUGCAAAAGAAGGAAAAAGCCCAUGAUGAACAGGCAUAUCAAAUGGCAACAAGUGAUAGAAUUGAAGAAGUAACCUCAGAUGAAGUUUGCAGUAGAGAAUUUGUUGACAAAAAAGUAGAGCGUAGUGUUCAAGCAGCAGGUUUUCAGGAGGCAGAAACACCAUCAAAAAACGGAGUUGGAGAGAAUUACGAAAUGAGUAGCAUAGUAAACGAAGAGGUGAUUGAUGAACCUAAGAUCACAGACAUUGGAGAGGUCAUUGAUGAAGAGAAAAUUAAAUAUGAUGCAACACACCUUUCAUCAGAACUAGUCUUUGAUGAAAAGUUAGUUGAGAGCUCCCAAGACAAUGAAACAGAGGCAGAGAUGUCAAAAGGAGAUGGCGUUGAAGAACAGAUGAUGAAGGACGACAAUGCUAAGGUCAUCUUACAAGAAUCUAUUCAAGAAGCCUCAGUUAAUGACUUCCAAAAUGAUUUGAAGAAUGCUGAAAAGUCCAGCAGAGAGAUGUCUGAAGUGUCCGAGGCGGAAGAAAAGGAUGAGACAAACAAUAAUGAUGAAAGCCCCGACUCAACUCUACAGACUUCACUGCUAAAAGAACAGGAAAGUUUGCAAACUGAAUAUCUUACUGCAGAAGCAGAGGAAAAAGAUGAAGACGGAUCUUCUAUCAGAAAGGAUGAAGAUGAAGACAAUGAUGAUGGGCUAAAAGAGGUUAAGGAGUGUAGUGAGAAAGGGACAUUGAAAGGUGAAGAAGAUGUAGAACAAAUAUCGCCAAUGAAUGAGCCAGGAGAAAAUCCUGAAAGUUCAGCUAGCAUGAUAUCUGCAGAAACCGAGGAAGUUGCUUUGAAUAAAACGACUCAGAAAACUGAGGAAGAGAUGGAUGAGGGUGUUGAAGGCGUCAAAAAGGAGGGAGAAACCGGAAAAGAAGAUGGCGAGAAACAGGUCAUUGAUGAGAACGAUGCUAAAAGCAUCCCGGUAGAAUCUGUCAAGGACGUUCCAGUUAGCAAACUGCUGAAUGAUGAAAAUAAUGCCGAGGAGUUCAAAAGAGAGAUUUCUGAGGAAUCUGUGGCAGCUGGAACAAAUAAGAGUAUUACAGAUGCGACGUAUCAGAAUGAUGGAACAACCCCCAAUGCAGCUCUUGAAACUUCGACAGCGAAAGAGACAUUGGAAGAUGAAGACGAUGUAGAGCAAAUAUCGCCGAUGAAUGAGCCAGGAGAAAAUCCUGAAAGUUCAGCUAGCAUGAUAUCUGCAGAAACCGAGGAAGUUGCUUUGAAUAAAACGACUCAGAAAACUGAGGAAGAGAUGGAUGAGGGUGUUGAAGGCGUCAAAAAGGAGGGAGAAACCGGAAAAGAAGAUGGCGAGGAACAGGUCAUUGAUGAGAACGAUGCUAAAAGCAUCCCGGUAGAAUCUGUCAAGGACGUUCCAGUUAGCAAACUGCUGAAUGACGAAAAUAAUGCUGAGGAGUUCAAAAGAGAGAUUUAUGAGGAAUCUGUGGCAGCUGGAACAAAUGAGAGUAUUACAGAUGCGACGUAUCAGAAUGAUGGAACAACCCCCAAUGCAGCUCUUGAAACUUCGACAGGGAAAGAGACAUUGAAAGAUGAAGACGAUGUAGAGCAAAUAUCGUCGAUGAAUGAGCCAGGAGAAAAUCCUGAAAGUUCAGCUAGCAUGAUAUCUGCAGAAACCGAGGAAGUUGCUUUGAAUAAAACGACUCAGAAAACUGAGGAAGAGAUGGAUGAGGGUGUUGAAGGCGUCAAAAAGGAGGGAGAAACCGGAAAAGAAGAUGGCGAGGAACAGGUCAUUGAUGAGAACGAUGCUAAAAGCAUCCCGGUAGAAUCUGUCAAGGACGUUCCAGUUAGCAAACUGCUGAAUGAUGAAAAUAAUGCCGAGGAGUUCAAAAGAGAGAUUUCUGAGGAAUCUGUGGCAGCUGGAACAAAUAAGAGUAUUACAGAUGCGACGUAUCAGAAUGAUGGAACAACCCCCAAUGCAGCUCUUGAAACUUCGACAGCGAAAGAGACAUUGGAAGAUGAAGACGAUGUAGAGCAAAUAUCGCCGAUGAAUGAGCCAGGAGAAAAUCCUGAAAGUUCAGCUAGCAUGAUAUCUGCAGAAACCGAGGAAGUUGCUUUGAAUAAAACGACUCAGAAAACUAAGGAAGAGAUGGAUGAGGGUGUUGAAGGCGUCAAAAAGGAGGGAGAAACUGGAAAAGAAGAUGGCGAGGAACAGGUCAUUGAUGAGAACGAUGCUAAAAGCAUCCCGAUAGAAUCUAUCAAGGAAGUUCCAGUUAGCAAACUGCUGAAUGAUGAAAAUAAUGCUGAGGAGUUCAAAAGAGAGAUUUCUGAGGAAUCUAUGGCAGUUAGAACAAAUGAGAGUAUUACAGAUGCAACGUAUCAGAAUGAUGAAACCCCCAACGCAGCCCUUGAAACUUCAACAGUGAAACAAGUGGAAAUUGUACAGGGUGAGGGUAAGGACACAAUUCCAGCAGAAGCUUCGCCAGAAGAGGAGGAAGAACAUGAUCGGGCUAGAGGGUUUAAAAGGGUUGGAGAUAAUUCCAGCGAAAUCAAGCUGGAGGAGGAUCUAGAGAAGAGUGACGAGGAAACAUCCAAAAAAGCUGAUGCUGUUGCACAUGAGACAAAUCAGCACAUUGAAUUCCCUAACUCGACUCUGGAAACUUCACCAGUAGAAGAACAGGCAAGCGUGCAAAGAGAUAACCUAACUCCAGAAGAAACUUCACCAGGAGAGAAAAAAUAUGAGGAUGGAUCUUCCAACAAAAAGGAUGAAGACAAGGAGAAGAACACUGGGCUAGCUGAAGAGACACGGAAUGCCGGGGAAACAUUGAAGGCUGAAGAAAGUUUAGAGCAAAUUUUGCAGAAUAAUAAAUUGAUAGAAAACCCCAAACAAUCAAUCAACAUGAUAUGUGCAGAAACUGAGGCAGAUGCUUUCAGUAAAAUGGUUGAUAACCAUGAAGAAGAAAUAGUUGAGAUUCCUCGAGGAAAUGCAGAGGCAGAAUUGCUUAAAGAAGAAAAUAUCGAGGUACAUGUCGUAGAAGAGAGCAAUAUCAAUAGCCUCUCACAAGAAUCCGCUGAAGAAAGUUCAAUUAAGGACUUCCAGAAUGCUGCAAAGAAUUCUGAGAAGUCCACCGAGGAGAUGUUAGAGUCUCAAAUAGCUGGAGGUGAUGAAACAAAUACGAAUGAUGAAGACUGCAACUCAAGUCUUACCAUUUCCGUGGAUAAAAUAGAUGAAAGUUUCGAGGGUGAGGAUAAGAACAUCACUACAGCUGAGGCUUCAACACAUGAUGAAAAAGAAGAGCAUGGAUCUUUGGACAGAGCAGAUGAUGGAAAUGAUAGCAAUCGUGACCUAACUGUGACUAACCAGGACAGCGCAAGGGAAGCAUUGAAGGUCCAAGAAGAUUUUGAAAAAGAAUUGCAGAGAAUUGAACCAGGAGACCCUGAAGAGUCAUCAACUGUUAUGGCUGCUGAAACUGAGGCGGGCACUUUGAGUGACAAGAUUGAUGAUGUUACGAGCCAGGAAGAAGUUUUCACCAUCCAAAACAUUGAAGAAACCGUAGAGAAAGAAAAGAAAGAAGAGCCUGGACCUUUGGACAGAGCAGAUGAAGGAAAUGAUAGCAAUCCUGACCUAACCGUGACUAACCUGGACAGCGCAAGGGAAGCAUCGAAGGUCCAAGAAGAUUCUGAACAAGAACUGCAGAGAAUUGAACCAGGAGAACCUGAAGAGUCAUCAACUGUUAUGGCUGCUGAAACUGAGGCGGGCACUUUGAGUGACAAGAUUGAUGAUGUUACAAGCCAGGAAGAAGUUGUCACAGUCCCGAACAUUGAAGAAACCGUAGAGAAAGAAAAGAAAGAAGAACAUGGAUCUUUGGACACAGCAGGUGAAGGAAAUGAUAGCAAUCCUGACCUAACCGUGACUAACCUGGACAGCGCGAGGGAAGCAUCGAAGGUCCAAGAAGAUUCUGAACAAGAACUGCAGAGAAUUGAACCAGGAGAACCUGAAGAGUCAUCAACUGUUAUGGCUGCUGAAACUGAGGCGGGCACUUUGAGUGACAAGAUUGAUGAUGUUACAAGCCAGGAAGAAGUUGUCACAGUCCAAAACAUUGAAGAAACCGUAGAGAAAGAAAAGAAAGAAGAGCGUGGACCUUUGGACAAAGCAGGUGAAGGUAAUGAUAGUAAUCCUGACUUAACCGUGAUUAACCUGGACAGCGCAAGGGAAGCAUCGAAGGUCCAAGAAGAUUCUGAACAAGAAUUGCAGAGAAUUGAACCAGGAGAACCUGAAGAGUUAUCAACUGUUAUGGCUGCUGAAACUGAGGCGGGCACUUUGAGUGACAAGAUUGAUGAUAUUCCAAGCCAGGAAGAAGUUGUCACCAUCCAAAACAUUGAAGAAACUAUUGAGAAAGAAAAGAAAGAAGGAAGUGAAGAUAUAGAUGUGACCAAAGUUAAAAAAGCUGUAAUAGAAGAGGAUCUCAAAUUAGUUGCAGAAGCAUCUGAUGCAAACAAAAGCGUGGAGAAUGAUGCGGAGGAGGAAAAUAUUAUAUCAGGUGGAAAAGAAGUUGAAACAGUCGAAAAGACAUUUGGAUUGGACUCCAUACAGAAGCUGGAGGUUGAAGAGAAGAGGGAGAAUAAAGAAGAGGAAACGAUGAAUGAAGACAUCAAAGAGGUAUGUGGAGAUACUAAGCUUGCCAGCUUGAGUGUGGACACUGAAAAACACGUCACAACUGAAGAACACACCAAUACAGAUAUCUCACCACAAACCACUGGAGAAACAACAGCUGAGGAAAAAGAAAAAACUGUAAAGGAGAUGGAAGAAUCAGUGAUAACCGUAGAUGAGGACGCUGAGAAAAAGUUUCCAGAGGAGGAAAGUGCUAUUAAUGACCAGUCUAGGAUUAUAUACAAAGGUGACGAAUCAGGAAUGUUGGUAGAACAAGAGGUACAUGAGAUUAUUCAAACAGCUGAGGAGUAUGGGGAUAUUGGAAAACAAGGCAGUGUUAUUAAGGACAGCUAUGAGGUACCUCUAAGCAGCACAAAUGAAGAGAAUCCUCUACACAAGGAAACAGAAGAUGAAAGUGAUAAAGUAAAGCCAAACGAAGAGGUUAAGGACUCAAAAUCUGAAUUCACUGAACCGUUUGAAGCCAGAGGUUCAGUGGACAGACAAGAAUUUGAGACCUUAAGGGGCAAACAAGGACCAAAUAGUGACAUCUACCUUGUAAAAGCAUCUGAAGGAGUUUCAGAAAAAGAAAGCAAUAAAAGCCCCGUUGAAAUCUCCUACUUAGAGUCUGAGAGUAAAGGAGAAAUCUUGGAAGAAGUUCAGCCUGAUGUUAAUGAUUCUAGCUCAGCACUUACAACAGGAAUUACAAGAGAAACGAGCUUUAAGGAAGCUGAACCAGAAGAUAAAAGGCAAAUAGAGAGUUUCGAACCUGCUCCUCAAGAGAAGGGACCAAUGACAGAGAGCACGGAAAGAACUACACUGGAAAGUGUGGAUAUUGAUGCCAAACCAGAGGAUUCCAACUUUAUUGAGAAUGAGGACCAGGGGAUUCCAGCUACCAGUGAAGUAGAAGAGCUAGAGAAUGAAAUGCAUGAGGAAACUCCAAUAACAGGAAGCGAAGAUUACAAAGAGGAGACCACUAAUGAGACAUCUCUAGGUAAUGUUUUAGAUGAUAAGCAGGUGGAAUGCUCUACAAUGCUACCUAAAGAACCUGAGCUCAUGACCAAUGAAGGAAACAAGGCAACAGAUGAGAAUUCAACAACAUAUGAAAACAUAGAAACUCCCCAGACUCCACAGGAAAUAGAAAUCAUGCUAAAGGAAGAUAUGCCCAUCAAUGCAAGAGAUGCCUCUAAAUCAGUGGAUCCUAGAAUAGAAAGUAUAAAGGAAGAAGUUGGGUCUUACCAAUUCGACAAUCUGAACGAGCAUCAUGAGCUAGACAAUGAAAAACAAGGAGGCAUAGAUAUCUCAAAAUCAUCAGAAGUAAGAGACCUAGCCAAUCAGGGAGAGAUUUGCAAGCUGAUGAGUUUGGAAGAUGAGUAUUCAUCAAUUGUAGGAGAUGAGGCCUUAAAGUGUAUUGAAGCAACUAGUGCAGAAAGAAAAGAGGCUAUCCUGGAAGAAGAUUACUCUACUAAGAAAUAUGAAGAUAGCUUACCAGAUAAUGUUGAAGCAAACAAAGCAGCAUUUGAGCUCGAAGAGGGAACCAACAACCAAGAGCAGGCUAUUGGCACCAAAGACUAUGGACUUCUAGCAGAAGAGAAUUUUGAAGUAUCUGAAUCUGGUAAGAAGCUUGAAGGUGUCUCUGAAUCUGAGACAGGAGAUCAAAGCAGCCAAAAGAUCCCUGAGACAGAUCCAGGUAAAGUUGAGAACAUUACUGAAAUUCAGAAUAAGAGUUUGAAAUCUGUAGAACAAAGUUCCCUAGAAUCCCAAGAAGUUCGAGAAGAGACAGGUGAGAAAACAGAGCCGAGAUUUGAGACUGAAGGUGAUGUAAAGGAAACACAAAACACAGAUGAGACUGUAAAGGAUGUCUUGUUAACUAAAGAGGUGCACGAAAAAGUUGACAAAGCUGGUAGUGAAACUCUCAAAUGCACGGAAAAGGAUGUAAAUGACACCCUGGAACUUUGUGCUAAAUCCACUGAAGAUGAAAGGGUUCAUGAGGUAAAAGAAUCCAGCCUUAUAGCUGAGGAAUGUCAUGAAGCAACAGAGUCUAAUGAACAGACAGCAAUUAUGAGCUCAGACUUUCAAGAGACACCAACCAUGGAGGAGAUGUCACUUGCAAAAGCAAUAAAUGAUGAAGAUAAUGAGAUGCCUGCUGUUCUCUCCACCACCAAACCAGCUGAAGGGUCAGAUGAAAUGAUAAAGAUUAUAAAGGAAGAAGAUAGUUGUUGUGACAAGAUCAAGGCAACAACUAUGGUAGAGAUAGCAAAGACUAGCUUGGAAGAAGCUCAGCUGGAUGAAAAGCCGGUACAAGUAUCUAAUAUUACCUCAAAUGAUAGCGUUUCUCUGGAAAUUGAAGCUGAAGCAUGCCAACAAGAAAAAAUCAAAGAUAACGUGGGACUUGAGCUACCCUCAAACUUGGCAUCUCCAAUUCUAAUUGAUGAUCACGAAAACAUAAUGAGGGAGCAAGUAGCUAAAGAAAACACAGACGCAGAUGAUGUUCAGGAAAAUGAAAGAGCUUCUGAUGUAGUUUAUGAAUCCAAAGAUAAUGGUAUUGAAGAGCUGAUCACAAGCAAAAUUAAAGAGGAAAAUGAGAAAUCCUCAGAAAUAGUUGAAUCUCUAGGUGUUGAAGCAGCAGCAAAUGAAAUUGCUAUUGGCCAGAAUCCCCCAGAAGUUAUAUCAAAAGAAGAGCAAGGAAUUUCAGCAACAACGGAAAGAAGGGAAGAAAAUAUGAAGGAUGUGGAGUUGCUGGAAGAUGAUUUGAGAAAAACAGAAGAGGUGCCCUUGCAAAAGGAUGAUUGUAGGGAACGUGACAUCUCUCAAUUAGAGCUUCAAUCCAAUAAAGAGAUACAGAAUCAGAGUCCAAAGGAGGUACUAGAAGACGAAUGUGGAACUCCUGAUGAAACUAAAGAAGAAAUCAAGGAAGGUCCAAAAUUAGUAUCCAUGACUGAUUCUCAAGGUUUUGAAGCACUAAAAGAAGAUGAGAGCACUUCAGGUCAGACUGUCCCGGAAGAGAAAUUAGAAGAGCAAAAUCAGACGCCAGCAGCGGCAUUGCUUUCUAAGGAAAAGGAUUGUGGGACUGAAAUGAUUAUUGAGAAUAUUGAGGAGUGUGUGGAAGUGGAAAUACCAACCGAUCCACAAAAUGAUUCUCCAAAAAAGAUAACAGAAGAUACAUGCUUGCAUAAGGAAGAGACCAAUGAGCUUGAAGUCUCAGGAUUUGGGGUUGAACUCAACACAGGAAUGCAGAAGGAUAGUCUGAAUGAAGUCCAAGUAGAAGAAAGUAAGAGCCCGGAUGAUGCCUCUAAAUUACAGACUCCAGAAUAUGAAACAAGCAAAGAGGCUUUUGAAUCUAUGUCAGAAGCUCAUGGCCACAAAGGCUUCACUGCAUCAGAAGAAACUGAAAUCGAAGAAAAACAUCUAGAGGUAGCAAUAACUGAUUUGGCAGUAGAAGGGAAUAGGAGUGAGAAAAUAAUUGAUCCAGCUGAAAUCAUACAUGAUGAGGUAAUAGAAGAAGGAACAUUUGAAAGAACCACCAAUCUCAAGACUGAGUUAAGCAAAGAGGCAUUCAAAUCUAUUUCAGAAGUUCAUGGACAUGAAGCUCUCGCUGAAUCAGAAGAUACUGAAAUCAAAGAAAAGAAUCCAGAGGUAACAGUAACUGAUAUGGCUGCAGAGGAAAAUCGGAGUGAGAGAAUGAUUGACGCUACUGAAAUCAUACACGAUAAACUCAAAAGUGAAGAGCUAACCAAAAGGGAAAACCAACAGAUCAUGGAGGAAAAGGAAGGUUCCAAAAAUGGUGACCACGUAACCCUUGGUGAAGAAACAACUAAAGUGUGUCAGGAAGAGUAUGAGCUGAAGGCUGAGGAAAGUCUAGGAGAUAAGGAAACACAAAAAGACAUUCAAAAUGAAGAGCUAUACAAGGAAGUUGAAAAGGCUGAUGGAAUUGAAAAGCAGAUGGAUACUGAAAGAAUCAUUGAGCGCCUUCACCUAGCUGCUGCUGAAAAUGAGACUAUGAAGGAGUCCUUUCUGGAUGAAGCAGGAUCCGAGUUGCACCUUGAAAAUCAGAUCUGUGAGACAGCUUUUGGAAAUGAUGGCAGAACAGAAGCUGCAAAUGUAAAAGAAGAGGAAAAGGAUGUAGAGAUAUCACAAAAAGAAGUCCCCACGGAUCUUGUAGAAGCCAAUGAAGCCACCCGAGACAUUCAUGAGGAAGAGGAAACCUCUAAAACCACUACCGAGCACAUUGAAGAGCAUGUUAAAGAAGUGGAAAUAGAAGUUGAUGAACAUCCUUCUGCACCAAAGACAACAGUAAACACAUGCUCGCAAAAAGAAGAGACUAAAGAGCAGGAAGUAUGUGGUUCGGGAGUUGAAUGCAGCACAGACAUGCAGAAGAACGGUUCAAAUGAAUUCGAUGAGGAAGAAGGCAGAACACCAGAUGAAGAUUCAACACUACAGCCUCAAGGAUACGAAAACAAGAUAAAAGAUAAAGAAUAUCUACCAGAAAGUAACAAAAUGACAGAAAUAACAGAAACAGGAGCAUUUGAAAAAACCUCCGAUCUCAGGGCUGAGACAGGUGAAGAGGCUUUCAAAUCGGUGUCAGAAGUUCAUGAACAUGAAGUUCUCGCCGAGUCAGAACAUGCUGAAAUAAAAAAAGAAAAGCAUACAGAGGUUGCAGUAACUGAUUUGGUGGCAGGGGAAAAUCAGAAUAAGAAAACAAUUGACGCAACUGAUGUCGUGCAUGAUGAACUCACAAAUGAAGAGCUGACCAAGCAGGACAAACAACAGUUCAAGGAGGAAAAGGAAGAUACCAAGAAUUGUAAUCCAAUAAACCUUGGUGAAGAAACAACUAAAGAAAGCCGCCAAAUAUAUGAUCUGAAGGCUGAAAAAAGUCAGGAAGAUAACAUGGAAAAUGAAAUUCAGAAUGAAGAGGUAAGCAACGAGAGUGGCGAAUACCUUCACCCAACUGCUGUCGAGAAUGAGACCAUCAACGAGAGCUUUCCAGAUGAAGCAUUGGUAGAGAAUGCUAAGGAUAUGGGAACUAACCUGCAGGUUGAAAAUCAUAGCGAUGAGAAGAGUUCUGGAUAUGACAGAACAGAAGCCACAACCAUAACAAACGAGGAAUUUGGCACAGAGAUAUCAGAAAAAGAAAGCCUCCAAGCUCCUGCAGAAGCCAAUGAAACCACACAAGACAUUCAUCAGGGAGAGAGAGACUCUGAUUCAACUUCUGAAAAGCCAAUUCCAAUAGAAGCAGAACCCCAAGAAACCACAGAGAGGAAGAAAGAUGCUCCACAAGUGCUGCUGCAGGAGCCGAUUGUUGAAGCCACGCAGGGUGCUGGAGUAGGAGAAUCGGAAUCUGGAAAAGCUACAGGAAUCGUUGAUGCACAAGGAUUCGAGCACAAAGCAGAGAGAAGUAUUGAUGAGGAGAAUAUAAGAGGGAAUGAUGAGAGUAUGUCAGCAAAGACUUCAUUAUUUGACAUGAUGCAGAGCUCCACAAGAGAAAGGCAAGUGGGGGGAGACCUGACAGAAGAAACAAGAGUUGAAGGAGAGAAGGCAAAAUCAGACGAAGAAAAGGAAGAGGAGGAGGAGGAGGAGGAGGAAGGAGAGGAACACAAAAAGACAGACUCGGGCUCCGAUGCUCCAGUCAUGGUAGAAGCAUCUAGGGAUAUAGUAGAGGUGAAGGUUGCAAGCAAAAAGCACUAUAAUAUACUAUCAGGUGUUGGGUCAAAAGUGAAGAACUCAAUUUCUAAGGUGAAGAAAGCCAUUACAGGCAAGUCUUCUCAUCCAAAACAACAUUCACCAAAAUGAAGCACAGGCAAGACAUAGCAUGGUUUACUUUCGGAAAUAUGUUCAAGGUUCAGGUGUGGGAGCUUUUGUAUAUACAGGAGUUUAUGUUUUCAGAUUCUGGAUUCUGGGAAUUUUAAUGUUGUGAGCUUUUGAGAUACAACUCGAAUGUUUGUAGUAAAAGUAUAUAAAAAUCUCUGGUUUGAUGUCA